AUGGAGGUUCUGGUGUCGGCCCAUCCUGGCAUAUCAGAUGACUGCAUCGUGUCGGUUCGCUGCGGAAGCACUCGGAGACAGGCGCCGCUCGACAUUGCAAGGUGUCAGGCUCUGAAAUUUCCGAGCAACCUGGAAACCCUCAAUGAGCCGUUGAAGAUCGAUGUGCUCAAGCCCGUCGCCUCGGCACGCCUCGUCUUGCAUCCGCAGCAGGAUGAAUAUUUCAUGAAUUUUCUGGACAAGCCCGGUAUGGCCAUUGGACUCAAUGUGCAGCCUGCCUCGCAGACGUCCGAGGGUGGUGCUGAUGCAGGAACCGCCGGGCAUCACCCGGGCAGGAAGCAGGGCCAAGCACAAGGUCCUGCGUCUGCUCGGGACUACCUAGAGCUGCAUGGCGUGCUGAAGUAUGUUCAGAGCAUGCUCACGGCUUUGAUCCAAGCUAAGCCGAAGGACACGAAGAUCCUUACGACUUCAUGCUGCAUCAGCUGUCCUCCUCCACGUCCUGUGCAUCUGCAAGGCAGCCGGAGACCGGCGAAGAGGCACUUCGGGCAGACGGCCCCAUCAAUCUUCCGGCUCAGCCCGAUGCAAACCGGAACCGUGAAGUCAUACAAUCCCCACAAGGGUUGGGGCUUUGUGGAGUGCAACGGUCAGGACAGCUUCCUACACAACAAGGAGCUGAAGGGGCAAUGCCCGUCAGCCGGUGAUCAAGUUUCCUUCAAAGUGGAGCCGUCAGAGAAGGGUACGGUGGCAACGGAGGUGGCAGUCCAAGUGUCCUCCGAGGAGGCAUUCUACGCUGGCGAAAUCAAGCGCUUUAAUCCUGUCAAGGGAUAUGGUUUCAUCUCUUGUGAAGCAUUCCCCGAGCAAGAUGUAUUUGUGCUGAAGUCCGAGCUGCCGCAAGGUUUUGGCCCAGAGGGAGGCCGUUGCAAGUUCAAGGUCGCGAAAGAGGAGAAGGGGCCGGCGGCGAAGCAGGUCCAGCUGCUGGGAGCCGCCGAGCAGAUGAGAGCUUGGAUGGGUUGGGGGAAGGGAUGGGGGAAGGGCUUCGGCUACAGCUGA